GGGUGCUCGGGCGGCGGCGGCGGCGCCCGCGGGGGGCCGAAAAUGGCGGAUUUCGAGGAGCUGAGGAAUAUGGUUUCUAGUUUUAGGGUUUCUGAACUUCAAGUGUUACUAGGCUUUGCUGGACGGAAUAAAAGUGGGCGCAAGCAUGACCUCCUGAUGAGGGCGCUGCAUUUGCUGAAGAGCGGCUGCAGCCCAGCGGUUCAGAUUAAAAUCCGGGAAUUAUACAGACGUCGGUAUCCACGAACCCUGGAAGGACUCUCAGAUUUGUCCACGAUCAAAUCAUCGGUUUUCAACUUGGAUGGUGGCUCGUCCCCUGUGGAGCCUGACUUGGCUGUGGCUGGAAUCCACUCGUUGCCUUCCACUUCAGUGGCCCCUCACUCGCCGUCCUCCCCGGCUGGCUCUCUGCUGCUUCAGGAUACCAAGCCUACAUUUGAGAUGCAGCAGCCGUCUCCCCCAAUUCCUCCUGUCCAUCCUGAUGUGCAGUUAAAAAACUUACCCUUUUACGACGUCCUAGAUGUUCUCAUCAAGCCUACGAGCUUAGGUGACCACAUGAUCCAGACAGGGCCUCAAGUUCUGGCAUGUACCCUGAUGAAUCCACUGAAGGUUGUGCCCAGCAUUGCAGUUCAAAGCAGUAUUCAGCGAUUUCAAGAGAAAUUUUUUAUUUUCGCUCUGACACCUCAGCAAGUUAGAGAGAUAUGCAUAUCCAGGGAUUUUUUGCCAGGUGGUAGAAGAGACUAUACAGUACAAGUUCAGCUGAGACUUUGCCUGGCAGAGACAAGUUGCCCUCAAGAGGAUCAUUACCCUAAUAGUUUGUGUAUAAAAGUCAACGGGAAGCUAUUUCCUUUGCCUGGCUAUGCACCACCCCCCAAAAAUGGGAUUGAGCAGAAGCGCCCUGGACGCCCUUUGAAUAUCACAUCUUUAGUUAGGUUAUCUUCAGCUGUGCCAAACCAGAUUUCCAUUUCUUGGGCAUCAGAAAUUGGAAAGAAUUAUUCUAUGUCUGUAUACCUUGUACGACAGCUCACAUCAGCCAUGUUAUUACAGAGAUUAAAACUGAAAGGUAUAAGAAACCCUGAUCAUUCAAGAGCACUAAUUAAGGAAAAGCUUACAGCAGAUCCUGAUAGUGAAAUUGCUACAACAAGCCUUCGAGUGUCCCUAAUGUGCCCUUUAGGAAAAAUGAGGCUGACAAUCCCAUGCCGUGCAGUGACUUGUACACAUCUGCAGUGUUUUGAUGCUGCCCUCUAUCUUCAAAUGAACGAGAAGAAACCAACUUGGAUUUGUCCUGUAUGUGACAAAAAAGCUGCCUAUGAAAGUCUGAUAUUAGAUGGGCUUUUUAUGGAAAUUCUCAAUGACUGUUCUGAUGUGGAUGAGAUCAAAUUCCAAGAAGAUGGUUCUUGGUGUCCAAUGAGACCGAAGAAAGAAGCUAUGAAAGUGCCCAGCCAGCCAUGUACAAAAAUAGAAAGUUCAAGUGUCCUCAGUAAACCUUGUUCCGUGACUACUGUUGCUGGUGAGGCAAGUAAGAAGAAAGUGGAUGUUAUUGAUCUAACCAUCGAAAGUUCUUCCGAUGAAGAGGAAGACCCCCCUGCCAAAAGGAAAUGCAUCUUUAUGUCAGAAACACAAAGCAGUCCAACCAAAGGGGUUCUCAUGUAUCAGCCCUCUGUAAGGGUGCCCAGUGCGACCUCGGUUGAUCCUGCUGCUAUUCCGCCUUCAUUAGACUACUCAGUACCAUUCCACCACACGCCAAUCUCAAGCAUGUCAUCAGAGUUGCCAGGUUUGGAUUUUCUUUCCCUUAUUCCAGUUGAUCCUCAGCAGUACUGUCCUCCUAUGUUUUUGGAUAGUCUCACCUCACCCUUAACAGCAAGCAGUUCGUCGGUUACCACCACCAGCCCCCAGGAGAGCAGUACUCAUGUUAGCUCCUCCGGCAGCAGGAGCGAGACGGGGGUCAUCACCAGCAGCGGGACGAACAUUCCUGAUAUCAUCUCAUUGGACUGAAGGGCUCACAUUCAGCCUAUCUGCUCUUUCUUGGAUCGCCGGCCCAUCCAUGGAAGUGAUUUUGUUGUUGUUGUUGUUGCUGUUGUUGUUGUUGAUGCAAUUACUUUGAUAUUUAUUGAAACGUCAAGUGGAUUCUUUGCUUUCUGAGCAAUGCAUCCCGUUGAUGGCCGCAAGAACCACACCACACUCUGGGAUGUUCCUUCCCGCUGUACUAGAAACUGCAUCUUCUGGAGAAUUUCUAGAGGAUUUCCGUGUUCCUGUUACUGGAUAGAUGGAUUCUUAAAAAAAAAAAAAAAAAAAAAAAAAGUAAAGAUUUUUGUUGUAAUAAACAGCAAUAAAGUUAUGUAAAUAUUUAAGUGGACUUCCUCCCCUAAUUAAAAGAUGUAAUUGGUGAUCCUAAAACUGA